AUGGCUACCGUUUACCUAUCCGAGCAGAAGAAAACACCCGAUGAACGAGUAUCAGACCUGUCCGAUAGCCAGGGCCAUUUCGUCGACGAGGAUAUCCCGCCGCUCGGGGAACCAGCCAGCGAGCGCAGGUUCUGGUUCCAACGAGGCAAGAAAUACAAUCCCGGUGCCAUUGCAACGCAGCCGUCUGUCUACGAUAACCCCGACACCGCGAAGGAAUACCAACCCCGGGCGGACUGGGAGAACCUGGGCCGGUUUGAUCCCUUGGCGAGAUGGACCUGGGGUGAGGAGCACAGGUUGAUCCGCAAGAUUGACGUGCGCAUCUUGAUCCUGGCCUGCAUCAUGUUCAUGGCGCUGGAGCUGGACCGGUCGAAUCUUGCCCAGGCAUUGACGGAUAAUAUGCUGAAGGACUUGCAUCUUACCACCGACGACUAUAACCUGGGAAACACCGUCUUCAAGCUGGCUUUCCUCUGCGCUGAACUACCUUCGCAGCUGGUCAGUAAAUGGAUGGGCCCGGACAGGUGGAUUCCCAUGCAGAUGACACUGUGGUCUGGGGUUGCCAUGGGCCAGUUUGCAUUGAAUGGGAAAUCUUCCUUCCUUGCGACUCGCGCCCUUCUUGGUAUUCUUCAGGGUGGGUUUAUCCCGGACGUAAUAUUGUACCUCUCCUACUUCUACAAGCACCACGAACUGUCACUGCGGCUGGGCUUCUUCUGGACGGCUAUGAAUAUUGCCGAUAUCCUGGCAAGCUUUUUGGCUUUUGGAUUCCUGCACCUGCGCGGUGUAAACGGCAGAGCCGGAUGGAGAUGGUUAUUCCUUCUCGAGGGCCUCAUAACCUUGGUCGUUGGUCUCCUGGCCUUCUUUCUAAUGCCCCCUGGUCCCUGCCAGACGGCAGGGCUGGUCCGAGGAAAGAAAGGCUGGUUCACUCCACGUGAGGAGACAAUCAUCGUCAACCGUGUCAUCCGCGAUGAUCCAAGCAAGGGAUCCAUGCACAACCGCCAACCGAUCACCCCGAAGCUCCUGUUCAAGAGUCUGUGUGACUUUGACCUCUGGCCGCUGUACAUCCUCGGGCUCAUGUUCCAGACGCCCAUGACCACCCCGUCUCAGUAUUUGACGUUGACCCUGCGAGGCAUGGGGUUCAAUACGUUCGUCACGAAUCUCCUGACCAUUCCGACCAAGGUGCUUUCAAUCAUACUGAUGUUGGCGCUGACAUACGUCGCGGAGGUUGUUGGAGAGCUCACUUUGGUGUCGAUGUUUGGUCAGAUCUGGGCCCUCCCGUUCGUGAUAUACCUGUACGUGAAGGAUAUCGACAGUAUCAACCACUGGACGGCGUGGGUGAUCAUGACCUUGUUUCUGGCGUAUCCAUCGGCACACCCGAUCCAGGUCGGUUGGAACUCACGCAAUUCCAACACCGUCCGCUCUCGAACUGUCUCGGCAGCAAUGUACAACAUGUGUGUCCAAGCAUCGGGGAUUAUCGCAUCCAAUAUCUACAGAUCAGGUAUGGUUGCUGUUGUCCCUUCCACCUUUCCAGCCCGCGUCUGACAGAGUACUCCGUAGAUGACGCGCCUCGGUACAAGCGAGGAAACCGUGUUCUCGUGGGACUGGUCUCGACCAACAUCGUCCUCUAUCUUCUCACCAAGGCGUACUAUGCGUGGCGCAAUGCGAGCCGGGAGAAGAAGUGGCAGGCGUUGUCGCAGGAGGAAAAACUCCACUAUAUUUCGACGACCACGGACGAGGGGAGCCACCGGCUAGAUUUCCGGUUUGCACAUUGAUCUUGGAUAUAUAUGAAUGGCAGAUGCGUAUGUUAGAAUUGAAGGUAGUCACAGCAGUCACGAAUACACUUGAAUGCACGACUCCUGCGUGUAUCCUUUGCAGGGAGAUUAGCAAAGUGAAUUAUCUCAGGCUGAUCUUAUUCUU